AUGUUAGAACAAAAAUCGGCACGCCGACUAAUCAAAAGCGCAUACGAUGGAGAGGAAAGAAGAAAGAGAAGAAGGGAAAGAAGAGAGAACAGCGACUUGGUUGGUGUUAAUGUUGUUGACAUCACUAAAGGAUUUUUUGAAUUUGGCACCGACGAGGACUUUUUUGGUCUCAUGGCAACCACCAGAUCUAUGCCUAGCAACCAAAUUAUAUAUGAUAUGAUUCCUUCUCCGGCUGUUCAAUCUUGUAUACCCGGUACAAACAUUUUGGGAAGGCAGCUAUGUAUACCUACACAUAAGGAAAGCUUAUAUGAACAUGUCAAUAAAGCUACCCGACAAGCUAAAAAAUAA